CCCAAGUCGCCAGAGUUCCGCUAAAUGUAAACAACAUAGUGUUUGGUAAACAAUAACGUAUCCCGCGGAUUUGUAAACUAGCUAACGUUAACUUGAUAAUGUUUUAAUAUUUUUUAUAUUUGAAGAUGAGUAGCUAGCUAUGGCUCAGAAGGUGGGAGGUCGUGAAUAAGUUGAUAUGGUUAGUUAGUAAGCACGUUGUCUUGGUGAACGAUAUUUUGUCGUGAUAAAUCUGACAGCACUAGCUAACGUCGUUAUCUAGGUAGUAACGUUAGGCGCUAGUCGUUUUGCUACAGCUGUCAUGUAGCUACUGUGCAACCAAGUUAUCUGAGCAAGCAAGUUCAUAUCACUGAAAUCACUAGAAGGUAAGAUGGAACAAGUUAGCAAGCCGCACACAACUAGAUAUAGGUAGCUGUUACAGGGGCGAUAUGCGAUUCAAGCAACAACAAAGCUUUGGGGUCCCUGAUGAUCUUCUUGGCCUUCCUGCAACACCUGGCGUUGAUUUGAUUUACAUGUGAACCCCCCCGCGGUGUGCUCGCUCAAUGGCUGGCCUGGGCCGCGGCAGAGGUCGCGGCAAGGGGUACAUGAGCUUCAGUAUCGAGGCAGUCGGGAUUGGGAAAGGGGAGAACCUGCCCCCUUCAAUUCUCCAGCCUACACCUCUGUUCCCUCCCAUGGAACACAAGCCUGUCCCCUUGGUGAUGGGAGAGGAAGCAGAGUACAUGUUGGCACUGAAGCAGGAGUUCAGGGGAAACAUGAAGACCCUACCAUUUUAUGUCCGCCCAGCCGUCUCCAAGAAAGAUGUGGAGCGGUAUUCUGAUAAAUAUCAGAACAGUGAGCCGUCAGACAACACCAUUGAGUGGAAUCCAGACUGGAAAAGGCUACCAAAAGAGCUUCGAAUCCGUGUCAAGAAGCCCCUAAAAGAGAACACCUCUCUUAGUGUGGAGACACCAGUGGACCCCAAACCCAGCAAAAAGACCCGGGUGGAUAAAGAGGAGAUCAUCCAUAAACUAGAGGUGCGAAUAACAUUGGAGAAAAAAGAGGAGGAAGUGACUUCAGAUGAAGAGGAAGGGGAGAAGAAGAAGCAGGAGGAAGAGCAGCAAGAUGGGGAGGAGCAGUAUGAUGAAGAAGAGUUUGAAGAGGAGACAGACUAUAUCAUGUCGUACUUUGACAACGGAGAGGAGUUCGGAGGGGACAGUGAUGACAACAUGGAUGAGGCCAUUUACUGAUACUUUGAAAAAGAACAACAACAGAGCAUUGAGCAUGCCUAGGACCCAAGAGUCCUGGGAAAAUAUAUGUGACACUCCAGAACUAAGAGAGACUCCAAAGCUGAAAGAAUGUGCUGUUGUUCUUUUGUCCAUCUUGUAUACAUGGCCUGAAAUGACCUUAACUCGACACAUGAAUCUUCAAAAUAACCCAGGAUUCAGUCAGUUCCUGACUUAAAAAAGAAUCUCAAAUUGAGAAGCAGGUUGCACAGUUCAAACCUGCAAUAGUUUUAAAAGGCUCUUAAGUGUGGUGGUGUUAUGGAGAGAGAAGUAUGUCAUUCUUAGGCCGACAUCUUUUCUCCUAACACCAAUUAUAGUAUCAUUUCUUAGAGGGUUUUUAUCCCAUUUUAGAAAUGUUAAAGAACUUUGAAAAUAUAAAAUGAAGGUGUUUAAUACACCAAUUUUAAUGUUAUGCUGUUGUUUUAUGUAGUUUAUAUGUAGUUCUAAAAAGUUAUGUUUUGUAAAACUUUUAUAUCCAUGUAAUAUCCCAAUGUUCUCUGUUAAGUUUGUUAUGAAAGAGGAUUUUACUUAACUUGAAAUUCUGAAAGAAUAAAUGGCAGCUAAUUUGUAAA